AUGAGAACAACUACCUCUACAGGCCUCUUGCUCGGCCUCGCCUCUGUGGCGAGCGCCGUUAAGUAUGGAUAUAAUCAUGUUCCUGUCAUCAAAGAGACUGAAAUAGUUGCCGGUGCUUUUGAGGACGUCGACGAUAUUGAGCUCUUAUCCCCAGCUUUCCUGACACCCAAUGUCCGGCUUCCUGGGUUCACUAAUGGCACCCAAGGGUCGUCUUCUCAAGAUGACAUGGAGGCCUUCCUCGAGAAAGUUGCUGACCGAAACCAUUACAUGACAUAUCGCACCGCUAACUUCACCUCGGAGGAGUACCGCUCUCUCCCCUACGUCCACCUUUCUACCGGCCGCGGUAGCUCCCUCCGUCGCGAUGACUCCACCUCCAAGGUGCGCGUGUGGAUCCAGGGCGCUGUUCAUGGCAACGAGCCCGCAGGCGAUGAGACCACACAGGCCCUCCUAGGCAAGUUCAACGACGACCGGGAGUGGGCUGACUCAAUUCUCGACAAGCUCGAGCUCGUCAUCCUGCCGAGGUAUAAUCCCGAUGGCGUUUUCUACUUCCAGCGCACUCUAGCGACCAACUAUGACCCCAACCGCGACCAUAUCAAGCUUGAUCGCCAGCAGACGCGUGAUAUAAAACAGCUCAUGAACGACUUCAACCCCCAUGUCAUAGUCGACAUGCACGAGUAUACUGCUGGGACGCCUUUUGGCGAGGGGCAGUACGUCCACGGCUCCGACGGUCUGUACUCGGCCGCAAAGAACCUCAAUAUCAACGAGAGCAUCCGCAAACUCUCUGAGGAACUCUUCGCCAAAAAUAUUGCCGACGAUAUGGAAGCUGCUGGUCUCCGCGCUGAGCCAUACGUUACGGGCUCCUCUGCUUCUGAUUCCAAAUUCGUCGCCGACUUCGCCGAGGCGGGCACUGACGGCAAGAUUGGUCGUAAUGCUAUGGGCCUAACCCAAGCUGUCGUCUUCCUUCUUGAGAUGCGCGGCAUUGGCAUCGCCGACCAGGAGUUCCAGCGCCGAACUGCUGCCGGUCUGACCAUGCUGAGCAGUAUUGUCCAAACCGCUGCCGAUAAUGCCGAUAAGGUUUUUAAGACCGUCGAGAACGGCGUUGAAGAGUUUAUAGAGUCAGACAGCGAUAUUAUCAUCACUGACUACAGCAAUACUGUAAUUCGUCCCUUCACUAUGGUCGACGUUCAGAACGGAAGCGUGGUCCACCCCCCUGUACGCUUCGCAUCAACGACCCCCUCCUUUGCCAACCUCACUCGAUCCCGCCCCGAAGCCUACCUUAUCCCCGUCGCAUGGGCCGGCCUCGCCGAGCGUCUGAAAGUCUCCGGUUUGGAAGUACAGACGCUGGACAAGCCGUUUGAAGGUACCGUUCAGGUGCUAACCAUCUCAUCGACCGAGGUGGACAAAUCCUACUACGAGGGUGCAUUUCGUGUGACCGCCACAACAAAGACCAGCGAGCGCGAACUAAGGCUACCGGAAGGUAGCUUUCUCGUGAGCACUAGACAGAAGAAUGCGGCGCUGGCGAUGGUGGCACUGGAGCCGGAGAACAUUGACUCGUAUGUUUCGUUCAAUAUUGUGCCAGCGAAGAAGUUAGAUGAGUACCCAAUCUUUAGGGUAAUGUCCUAA